GAAAAAGAUGAUGAACCGAAUGGGGAAGCUGUCUGUGCUAUUGUCCUGCUUGCCGCCCAUGGCGUCAAUGAAUGUUCGACCGGCGUCGCGUGGAUGGUCGUCUGCCCACGAAGCGUGUCGCAUGAUGUCCUCCAAAGACACUUUGGUCAUGUCUGAAGCGGAUUGGCAACGCAAGCUCACCCCAGCACGCUUUCGAAUCUUGCGUCUCAAAGACACAGAGUACCCUGGCACAGGAGCCUUCAACAAGCACACGGACAAGGGCGUGUACACUUGCGGUGGAUGUGGGACUCCUCUCUACACAUCCGAGCACAAGUUCGACGCGGGAUGUGGCUGGCCUGCGUUUUUUGAUGCUGUGCCCAAUGCGGUGAAAGAAAUCCCAGACGAAGAUGGCCACCGAACCGAAAUCGUGUGCGCUGUAUGUGGGGGCCAUUUGGGCCACGUAUUCAGGAAUGAAGGGUUCCCAAACCCCACCAAUGCUAGGCAUUGCGUGAACAGCCUCUCGUUAGACUUUGAAUCCGACGAGCUGUAGUUAACCUUUGGCAUAAUUUCAUGUGACG